AUGGAUGCCUGGGCUGCAAACAGCGAAGAAAAAAGACAUAGUGUGAUGAGCAACGACCUCAAUAAAUCUCGUCCAUUGAGAUCACCUACUCAAGAGGACACAUGGACUCAACUGCAAUCUCUUACCAUCCCAGCACCACACUACGCCCCUUCAACAAACGCAAGUCUCUCAACAUCAGACCUCUCCCCCGGUCUAUCGCCCUAUCUCGCACCAAGUCCCAACUUCACCCUCCUCCCCCAGGAAAUCCCCCUUCCAUCAGUUGAUCUCGGCGCCGCAGAGCUUGAACUCUUCAGCUAUUAUCUCUCCCACACAGCUCGAUCACUAGCCUACGAUGAAGAUGAUCUAUAUGCUUUGCAAGUUGGCUUCCCGAACUUGGCUUUCAGAAGUAAACCCCUCAUGAGCUCUAUCCUCGCUCUCGCAGCUGUGCGAAAGUGUCACGAUUUGAUAUCUCAGCCUUUGCAGAGGGUUGAUAAGAGUCAGGUCAGGCAUUUACUUGCUCUUGCGGAUGGACAUCAUAGGGUGUCGCUUCGUCAGACUAGAGCUGAUAUUCCAAUUGCCAAUCACUACGAUCAUGUUGUUGCCAACGCUCCUCUUAUGGUUCUUUACGCAACAGCCAACCACGCGGUGAGAAUCGAGGUCGCAAAGACGCUCGAUGAAGGGGAGAGAACUAGUUUGGCGCCUGCUCAGUUACAUUGGAUGACGCUUAUUCGGGCAGCCCAUUUGGCUUAUACAGGCCUUUUGCACUCAACCAAAGAUUUUGGCUUCUUGGAGGACUUUACAGCUAGUCCGCCUGAUAUCACACUGAAUAACCAGUCAACUAAUGGUUUAGUUCCUUUGGGCGAGAAUGGACCUACGCCUCAGACGGAGCAACUUCUCAUGCCUAUCAUCGCAGCGACAUCGGGGUCCGCGCUGGACAAGUUGAGAACAAGAGCGGAGGCUUUGGAGUUUGCUGCGCACUUGAAGCCUUCUUGGGAGUCACCAGGUGACGACACAGAACUCCAAGCUUGUCUUGUAGCUCUUGAAGCGUUGAACAGUAUCGUGAAUGAGCUGUUUCAUCCAGAUCAGAGCGCUUAUACAGAUUCUCAACAACCUGAUCUCGAGGCAGGUUGGGCAGCCCUGAGCCAGUUAUCAGAUGUUUCACCCUGGCUUCGAAGUUACAUGGCCCGCGUAACAUUCUCGACACCACCCAAACCCCUCCGGCGAACCAUAAUGUGGUUUUUGAACCGAAUCCCCGGCGAGUUCCUCAGUAUCGUCGAGUCUGUGCUUGAUAAUAUCCCCACUAGUCCUGAUGGCAUUCCCGACGAGGGUAUUCAGUGCGAUGGCGAGGUGUCUGAGACAACGAGACUUGCUAUGGAUAUCUUCUCUCACUGGCUGGUUUUGGUUAUGCUGUUAGAUGGUGUUUGGUGGAUUGGAGGGAUUGGGGCUUGUGAGUUGGAUAGGAUAGUGAAGUAUACGAGUAGGAAGAGUUUCUUUGGGGAGUUUUUGGGCGUAGAGAAGUGGUGGCCUAGAAGUAUGCUUAAUAUUGCUAUGGAGAUAGGGAGUCAGUCUUAG